GUGGAUCAGAUGCAGAUAGAGCUGGUGACCCUGGCAGACAUGGCCAGCGCCGGGAAGAACCUCACACAGAUCUUCCUGGACAACCAGAACCUGUACACAGUAGAGUCGAAUGAUGCUGAGGAACUAGUGGCUAGGGCAGCCAGGAAUAUAGAACAGCUGCUACUGAAGAGGGCUGCAGCUCUGGAGACUCUGGCCACAUUUGCUGAGAAUUUCCAGAUGGAACACCAGUGGAAGGAUGAGUAUGCGGAUGGUGACAUUGUGUACUACAAUGCAAAGGACAAUUUGGAGGUGAAUGAGACAGAGGGUCGGAAGAACCGGAUCAGGCCAGCCUUUAAGGAAGAUAUGUUGUUUAAACGCCUCACCUCUCACAACCACACUGCUGUACACAUCCCUACUGACAUCUACGAUGGCUCCACCAUCGUGCUGAAUGAGUUGAACUGGACGGAGGCACUGGAGGGUGUGUUUAAGAAGAACAGAGAGGAUGACCCUACUCUGCUCUGGCAGGUGUUUGGUAGUGCUACUGGACUGGCCCGAUACUACCCAGCCUCUCCAUGGAUGGAUGCUCGGAAGACCCCCAGUAAGAUCGACCUGUACGACGUACGCAGGAGACCCUGGUACAUUCAGGGAGCUGCCUCACCCAAGGACAUGCUGAUCCUAGUGGACGCGAGUGGCAGUGUGUCUGGUCUGACUCUGAAGCUGAUCAGGACCUCUGUCGGUGAGAUGCUGGAGACUUUGUCUGAUGAUGACUAUGUCAACGUGGUCUAUUUCAACACCAGGGUGAAUAACACGGCGUGCUUUGACCACCUGGUCCAGGCCAACGUGAGGAAUAAGAAGAUCCUGAAGGAUGCGGUUCAGAACAUCUCUGCUAAAGGCAUCACCAACUACACCAAGGGAUUUGAGUUUGCCUUCGAACAGCUCUAUGCAACUAACAUCACUAGAGCCAACUGUAACAAGAUCAUCAUGCUGUUCACUGAUGGAGGAGAGGAGAGAGCGUCGGCCAUACUGCAGAAAUACAACGCUGACAAGAAGGUGCGUAUCUUCACCUUCUCAGUGGGUCAACACAACUAUGAUAAAGGUCCAGUCCAGUGGAUGGCCUGCGCUAAUAAAGGAUACUUCUAUGAGAUUCCCUCUAUUGGAGCCAUACGCAUCAACACUCAGGAGUACCUGGAUGUCCUGGGCAGACCCAUGGUUCUAGCUGACCAGCUGGCCAAGCAGGUCCAGUGGACUAAUGUCUACCUUGACGCUCUGGAGCUAGGUCUGGUCAUCACAGGAACCCUACCUGUCUUCAACAAGACCAAGUAUAAAGAUGAAUCGGGUUUAGAGAUUCAGAACCAGUUGAUCCUAGGGGUGAUGGGGAUUGACGUGUCACUAGAUGACAUCAAGAAGCUCACACCGCGCUACACUAUUGGACCUAAUGGCUAUUAUUUUGCCAUCGACCCCAAUGGAUAUGUACUGCUACACCCCAACCUCCAACCUAAGAAUCCUAAAUUCCAGGAACCUGUCACUCUGGACUUCCUCGAUGCUGAACUGGAGAACGACAUCAAAGUCCAGAUCAGGAGAAUGAUGAUAGAUGGCAACCCAGGUGAAGAGACCAUAGAGACUCUAGUUAAAACUCAGGAUGAGAGAUACAUCGACAGAGGAGUAAGGACGUACACCUGGGCUCAGGUCAAUGGAACAGACUACAGCUUGGCCCUGGUCCUGCCUACCUACAGUGAACACUACAUACAGGCCAAACUGGGAGACACCAUCAGACAGGCCAUGGCCAUGGACACUCUGCGGGUGGAGAUGUUUGAUGAGUUGGGAUACACCUUCAUCGCCCCAAGGGAGUACUGCAAAGGCUUGAAAGACAACGACAACAACACCCAGUUCCUCCUGGACUUCAACCAGUUCAUAGACAGCAACACACUGGAAGAGCCAUGUAAUGUGACUCUGGUCAGUAGGCUGCUGCUGGACGCUGGGUUGACUGCUGAUCUGGUCAAACUGUGGAAGGAGCAGUCAUUGGGUGGGAUUCUGGCCAGGUUUGUAGCCACUGAUGGAGGGAUCACCAGAGUCUAUCCCAGAAGUGCUGGAGAGGAGUGGACAGAGAAUGCUGAGACCUAUGACUCAAGUUUCUACAAGAGGACUCUGGAUAACAACAUCUAUAUUUUCACCGCUCCAUACUUCAACAAGAGCAGGGAGUCAGGCUAUGAGUCAGGUAUUCUGGUGAGCAAGGCUGUAGACCUCAACAUAGAUGGAGUCAACCUCAAACCAGCUGUGGUGGGGGUGAAACUGAACGUCUCCGCCUGGAUGAACAACUUCAUGAACGCCACCAUCAAAGUCAACUGCAAGGAUGAAAUCUGUGGCUGUCUGAAGAAUAAUAAGCACGUUGACUGUGUCAUCCUGGAUGAUGGCGGCUUCCUGCUGAUGUCCAAUCAGGAUGAGUAUAUCACUCAGAUUGGUCAGUUCUUUGGGGAGGUGGACCCAGUCGUGAUGAUCAGCCUGGUCAACACGUCUCUGUACUCCUUCAACAAGACCUACGACUACCAGUCAGUCUGCGAUCCUGAGAGAGACAGCAAGGCUGCUGCAGGGCCACGAUCUGUCUAUGUGCCCACUAUAGCAGACAUGCUGAGUAUAGGUUGGUGGGCCUCCACUGCUACCUGGUCGAUAAUGCAGCAAGUCUUCUACGGUCUCAUAUUCCCCAGCUUCGUAGAGGCAGUGGACUCAGAUGAUGACAUGUCAGCUAACAUGUUUAAGGAGAGUUGUAUCACAGAGCAGACUCAGUACUUCUUCGACAACGAAGAGAGAUCCUACUCGGGAGUCCUUGACUGUGGGAACUGCUCCAGGAUGUAUCGAGCUGAGAAGCUGCCCCACACUAACCUGGUGUUUCUAAUCACUGAUGCCAAGGCCACCUGUCUGUCUUGUGACCCCAGACCACUAAGACAAGCUGAGCAACCCUCCCAGGGUCCAGACCCCUGUGAACUGGCUCAGAACCCCAGAUACAGGAAAGGACCUGACGUGUGUUUCGACAACAACAUAGACGAGGAUGAUUCUGACUGUGGGGGCGGGACCUCUCUAAGCCCCUCCCUCUGGCCCUUGUUGGGACUCCAACUACUGCUGCUGUGGCUCCUCACUGGCUCCCGAGACUCAUGACCCCUACACAAACACACAAAUGCACACACACACACACAUACACUCUCAUAUCUCACUAAGACAGUGUUUUACAUUGGACUGUUUUCUGACGAUCCAUCCCCUGAACGUAAUCACUGAUGUGUUAACUCACUGCCAGUAUGGAAGAGGAGUCACUCUCCUGUUCUCUGAUCGUUCUCCAAUGCCAAAGGGUGCUCUCUCUCAUCGCUCACUUCUCUUCUCUACCAUGUUUCAAUUGCCUGAGAUAUUAUAUUAUAUUAUAUUCUAUGGUGCAACAGUAAGAGCUAACCAAACCCUUUAAUUCUGUAGUAUCUAUGUAUUGGUUUGAGUCUGAGGGAGGUUGAGUGGCUGUCCUUUCAUGCCAACAUAUUAUUUUUCACUGACAGCAAAUGAUUUGUGUAUGCCUAGUUGUUUGUAUUAUUGUUGCUUAUGAUAUUUAUUAUAUGUAGAAAAAGAUCAUUAUGAAAACAACAAACGCUGUAACUGAAAUGGACAGCAAAGUUCUCAAUAAUCCAACUGUUACAGGUCAACCAGGAGCGAGUAAAUAGAUGCAGUAGACGAGAGUAGGGUUCACUCAACAGAGAGCUGAACAACACUAACUAUGACACCAAAUAAUGCUCAUUAGAGUAAUGGGGAUAGUUGGCCCAUGAAAGAGACUCUGAUAACAUGGUCAAAUCCUACUUUAAUAUCGUUAUGUCCAUGGUACCAAUCUAUGACCUGAGCCAAAUACUUUCUAAAUACUUUUGGUGUGCUUGGUUGUACUUUUGGGACCAUCCCAUUGGUUCCAUUGCACCGGGAAAGUGAAAUCUAGUCCAACUCAAGUGAUACACUAUCUAUUUGACCCAGGUCUUUAUAGAUACAUGUACAGUAUAGCUUCAUUUGAUGCAUCAGAUUCCUAGUGCCUAUGUAGCGUCAACAUCCCGUUCAUAUAUCCAGAGUUAAUCUUUGAUGGGAAGUCAUUGGAAUGAUGUCCCAAUGUGUCCCAGUUGCACGCCGUACAGUAUGCUAUGUGUAGUAGUAGAGCAGGAGCAGUAGCUCAGAGAUGUGUUUCCUAUGUUACAUAACUAGCUGGUAUCUAUCUAGCCUGGGUGUCAGUCUCAUUCACCUUCAGACUGCCAGACAGACUUGAACCCACCUCUGUAGAACAAUGUGCUCCUGAAGUUAGUUUCCUCUGGAUCCCUAGACUCAGGAUUUCAGCAAAGUGAAAGACAGAAAGGCUUUCCAAAAGACUACAGGAGUUUGUAUCACAUGUCCUGGCGAGCAGACAACUGGAGAAUGAUAUCAGCAUAAAGACUGUUUCUUUUC